AAGUAUAAAAGGUAGUUUAUUUUGGAUGUAACCGAAAGAAAAAAUGUAAGUAUAUAUAGGCUGGUUGAGGUUCUUCCCGCGAGCUGAAAAUUUCGGUUUCACCGAAGCAACGGCUUCUUCAGCUUCUCUUCGUUUCUCUCCGAUACACAACAUUCAUAUAUCAAUUCGCCAUUUCAGGUUGUAGAUCGCAUUCCGCACGAUGUUGCAAUGGAUGGGAGGAUCAAGGCGGAAAGUCACUGCUUCAAGGAAGUCAACACAGAAGAGACAGAAGCAAUACUUUGAACAAAGGAAGCGCCAACAACAAAAUGUUCAGAUGAUGGGUUCAGAUAACCCUACUGAAAGCUCAGGCAUAGGUGGAGAAAUCCUCAAAGAACAUAUGUCUCUGGACAUUCUUAAUUUGCUAAACUUAUCAAAAACUGCACAGGAAUGCAAUUCUUUCUGCCAGAAGGGGAAGGAUGACGGAGACUACUUUUCUGGGAUGCCAGGCAGUGUCUCAACAAAUCAGCCAAAAAUAUCUACCAAAGUGGAGACUACUGUAAAUGCUUGCGGAUUUGAAGAAGAAAAAGCAGGAGCACCUGUAUGCUGCCAAGGUCAACCAUCACCAAAGAAGGUUUCACUAAGCGCUCCUGAUCACCAGAGUACUGCUUUUGAUGGACCAUCAAGCCAUUGUAAGACAGCAACUGAUCAAUACUCAGAAUUAUCUGUCAUUGAUUUUCUUUUUGACGAUGAGCUUAAUCCUACUGUGGAGAAGUCUCCAACCUGUGAAGAUCAUGUUUCUUUUUCACUUGAAGGUUUGGGUAAAGUUGGAACAAAGACACCAGUUCAUUCGCCACAACAACGGGCUAGAAUUCCAUGCAGAAACUCUUCAUUGCUAAAGGAUGGAAGGAAAACAAAGUAUCGAAACCUCAGCCACGUGCUGGAUGACAUUGAACUUGAAGUGGAUACAAUGAUGCAAGAUAUCGGGGUUUCGCCUAUCAGUUCAAGUUUCCCAUCUAACAAAUUAAAGCAUAGGUCAGCAGUUAUUGAAGACCACAAGUCUUUUUAUGACAACAAUGACAAAAAUGGCUCUUCCAUUAGUGAAGAGUUCUUCAGUAAGACUGAAAAUAAUGAAGACACAUGGAAUGCAUGUUCUCUCUUCCUUGACGAGAAAUUUGAUAUAGGGAUGGGAUAUGAUACCUCAUAUAAGAAGGCUUUUCAAAUGGAUUGUACAUCCCCUGAAUUAUUGAAAAGAGGGGCCAACAAAAUGGAGUGUUAUGAUUUUGAAGACCUUCUUCCGGUGAAAUGGCCUUCAGCAACAGUAAGGAAAGAUAUCAACAUGGGUGAGCCAUUGGCUUCAUUUUCCACAGACCAAUUAGAGGAUGAUUUUAACUUCUGUGGUUCUGGUAGGACAAGAUUAUAUGGGAACUUCAAUGCGCAGAAUUUAAUUCCAGAAGAUGUAAGAGACGGUUCGAGCUUGUUGAGCGAAGAGUCAAGCUCAUCCACUGUUGUGAGGGGUGACUUCGUCGUGCAUUCACCAUCACGAUUAGUGACAGGAGAGAACAGAAGAAAACAUAGAAAUGUUUUUGCAAGCCCUAGACAUAAGUACAGUAAUAAUGAAGAGAAGAAUAGAAGUCGGUCAAAUCCCUCAAAGCAAAAACCUUCUUAUUACUCAAACUCUUUUCUCCAGGAAGAGAUGGGUGCACAAAACAGUAGGAAGUUUGAGGAAAGAUACGCUUCAGUUGAUAGAAGUUCUGUUACCACUUCAUUCUAUCAAGAUUUAGAGGCAAACUUUUCAUUCUUCGGCGGCAAGAAUAGUGCUGAAGAUCCGUUUAGCGUCAAUACUACCCCUGAAUACAAGACCAGUCCUUCCUUUGAUGGAUUUAAAAAUGCUGCAACCCUUGAAGAUUCACCUCCUUGCAGUUUUACCUCAGAAAAGUUUUCGUUUGAUUGUUUAACUGCAUUCCCGAGUUUCCCAUCCUGGCCAACCGGCCCAUGUUUAUCUCCAGAUUUUCAGUUCAAAGAAGGGCCUCAAGACUGUGUUGGUUUUCAUUGUGAGACUUCGUCAACUGAUAUGUCAGUACAGGGAAGUGUGAACAAAGAGGAGAGACAAAUGAAAUUGCAAAAAGACUAUUUUGAGCAAGAAGGUAUUUUCAUGGGAGAUAAUGAAUUGUCCUCAGAAAAGAAAAUGGCAGUAGAUGCUCCAACUUCCAAUAAUCAUGAGCAAGAAAGUGAAGGCACAGAGGAUACAAAUCCCAAGACAACAGAGUGUCAUGAAACAGCUGAUUCUCCAGUUCUUGUAGAGGAGAUAUCCUCACCACUGAAGAUACCUGACAAACAUGAAAGCCAAGUAGAUAACCGAAAGAGCAAUUCUGAUGCUGAAACAGAAACUCCCCUAAAAUGUAAAAUUGCAAAUAAAGGUCAAGUGAUGUAUGAAAGCUACGUCUUUCAUAUGCGUGUUCAGAAGGUGUUGAACGGAGCUUGUACAAUAUCCAGAAGGAAUAACGCCUUCCUCAAACCUGGUUGCAAUAGAAUUACUCAUCAGAUUUAGAGAUAAAAUGAACAAUAAACAUUUUAUUUCCGCUAUGCAAAACUUUUUUGUCAUAUAUGUUUUGUUAUUAGUAUUGUAUAUCACUAAUAAUAGAAGCUUUCUAAUACUUACAUUCAAUUUAGUUUUAAAA